UGUAAAUUUUAUACAAUUAAUUCUGUUCUGAGAUUUAGACAAAUAGACAUUUAAAAUGAUGAGAGAAGUAAAUAAUGCCAAACCUGAGAAGUGUAUUAAGAAUAGAAACAAUUUAUACAGACUCAUCAUAAGUCAACUUUUUUAUGAUGGUCAUUUCACAAUUGCUACAAUCCUAUCUGCUCAAGUAAAUGCUGAUCCACCUUGUUGUCCAUCCGCUCGACUCAUGAGUCUAGUGACAAUAGGUUUACAACAUGAAACCGAUAGACAAACAGAAUCUGAACAAGAAUCCAACUCAAAUCCAAUUCAACAAAUAUUAAUUGGAUCUGGAAUUGACUUAGAAUUUGAGACUGAUGUUAUUUGUACUGCUCCGGAACCAUCACUUUAUGAAACUGUUUAUGUAAUAUCCCAUAAAGGAGCCUGUAGGGCUGGUGCAUUUAGUCCUGAUGGUCAAUUAAUCGCAACAGGAAGCUGYGAUGCAACAAUCAAAAUAUUGGAUGUUGAAAGAAUGCUGGCUAAAACCCAUGAUAUUGGUAGUACUCACAUUCAAGAAGGACAGGGACAUCCAGUAAUUCGGACUUUGUAUGAUCAUUUGAAAGAAGUGACGUGUUUGGAUUUCCACCCUACCAAGCCAAUUUUAGCUUCAGGCUCUCGAGAUUGUCAUAUUAAAUUUUUUGAUUAUUCAAAAACAUCUGUGAAAAAAGCCUUCAAGACAAUAGACGAUGUUGAACCGAUAACAUGUAUAAGUUUUCAUCCACUUGGAGACCAUAUGGUAAUGGGAACCAAUAGCCCAGUCAUAAGGCUCUAUGAUAUAAAUACGGUUCAAUGUUAUGUUAGUUCAAUUCCUAGUCAUCAACAUACUGGUCCUGUUACAUCAAUAAAGUUUGAACUUGGUGCCAAGUACUUUGUGUCAUCUAGUCGAGAUGGUUCAAUUAAAUUGUGGGAYGCUGUGUCUAAUAAAUGUGUUAACACAUUUGAAAAAGCACAUGAUGGUAGUCAAGUGUGUUCUGUGACAUUUUCAAGAAAUGGAAAGUACAUCUUAUCAUCAGGCAAAGAUUCUAUGGUGAAACUUUGGGAGUUAUCCACUAGUAGAUGUCUGAUUGCAUAUACUGGAGCUGGAACUACUGGAAAACAAAAACACCGUACACAAGCAUUUUUUAAUCAUUCUGAGGAGUAUGUCAUGUUUCCAGAUGAAGUCACUACUUCUUUGUGCGCGUGGAAUGCUCGGAACGCUUCUCGGCAGAAUCUGUUAUCACUAGGCCAUAAUGGACCUAUUCGUUCAAUAGUGCAUUCUCCAAAUUCAGCAGCAUUUUUAACAUGUUCGGACGAUUUUAGAGCUCGUUUUUGGUAUAAAAAACAAUUGAUUGAAUCAUAA